AUGAAUGGUGUUUUGAAAGCUCACCAAGAUGAACACAGAGUCAUUGCUCCAACCAACCAAAACAGAAUGAAAAUCCAGAAGAAGAAGUUCAUGUCAAAUCCUUGUUACAACGUUGGAACCUACGAAGGAACCUACGUAGGUCUCAUGAAUCUUCCUCCUUCGUAUCCAUUUGAGUUGUCUUCUUCCUUUUACUAUCAUCAUCACCAAAAGCAGCAACAACCGCCACUGCUUCCUUUACCCGCAGUUUCUCCGAGUGUUGUCAACAAUGGAAGAAACAGAAGCAAAGAAUUUUCCAACAGAAAACCAAAGCAAACUACGAGAGAGGAACUCAAGAAGAAACCAACAAUGGCGUUUCGUACAACUCCUGUGGGUUAUACGUCGUCGUUUAGGUCAACGGCAAUGGCAGGGAAAGGUUUUGGAUAUGGCGCCGAAAACGUGGAUUUUUCAAGUUGGGUCUUUAAUUUGUCACCGCCACCAAGCAGUUUGCCGGUGCCAAAGUUUUGUGUGAGAAGAUCAAAGCUUAGUUGCAAUGCAGAGACAAAUUAA